UUUAAUAAUUUAAAACUUUAGCUGGAGUGUCUUGGCUGCUAAAAUUUCAGAAGACAAUAACAUUAAUGUUGAUCUGUAAAUGUAAAUAAAUGACAAUGAAUUUUAUACCAAAUUUAGUUCUCUGGAUGUGUUGGUGUAUAUUUAACAUUUGUUCAGCGGGAUUGUCGAAUGUGUCAUGGCCUUCAUCUGAGAAAAAAAUCAAUAGCAUGAUUUUGAUAGGCGAUGGACAGAAGUUGAUAGUAAGUGGAUUAAACCAUUUGUAUAGUUUAAAUACAACAAACUUGCAGCUUAUAAAUGAUGUUGUAAUUGGACCAGUGAAUAACAUUGAUAACAAUGUGAGACUAGUCAUAUACAACAAAACAGAACCUAACAAUGACGCUUAUAUAACAACAUGCGAUAACUUGAAUUCAUAUUGUGAAAUCAGACGAUUAAGUGAUAUUUCGGAUGUCGUAAAUCGACUAGAGCCACCUAUCAAGUCAGACGGAGUACAAGCUUUUAUGACAUCAUAUAAGAAGCCAAAUGGACGAGAAACUUUCUUAUUUGUCGCCUGUCCACAUGCCGAAGUCCAGGAUAACAGAUGCUCAAGUCCAGGAAUUAAUUUGUUUUUAAAUAGCGUACCCAACAAUCAAGACACAUGGCGUACGUUCAUAUCGUUCGCUGAUACACCAAUUCUGACCGAAAAAUACAUUGAUGCUUUCAUCGUAGACAAAUAUAGAUUAUUUUUCAGUUGGCAACUUAAUAAAUCUUCACUGAAAAGAAAAAGCAGAAUAGCUCAAGUGUGUCAGUUCUUCAAAUAUCACACCUACACCACGCCAUUUACGUAUGCUGAUAUGCCAAUAGAAUGUGGAGAUUUAAAGGUAAUACAAGCAGUAAAGAAAAUUGAAUUUGAAACGGAGGUCGUUUUCAUUGCGGUGUUUUCUGAUGCAGUGAAAUCGUCAGUAUGUGUUUACACGAUGAGUGAAACAAAACGAACGUUUGUAGAAAACAUCAAAGAUUGUUAUAACGGUACACGUGUUCCUCAAAAUGAAGAUUAUUUCAAGUUUCCAAUAGAAAGCCGUCCAUGUACAACACCGAUUCGUGGCGAUGUUGACUCCUCUAAAACGGACGAUUAUUUCCUGUGCAACGAGGACCGAUUACUAACCUAUCAACAAGUCAUCGGCACCCAUGUUUUGUCCCAACAGCCGGCUGUUACGUAUAACAUAUCAAUAACAGCUGUCACAGUGUCUGUUGAAGAUUCGAAGAUCAUUGCAUUCCUUGGAACAACAUCUGGCGACAUUUUAAAGGCAGUUGUCUUCCCAAAAAAUUCUACAAGUUUUAUACAUCAACCUAGAAUCCUAAACAUUGGGGAUACUAUUAAAAAGGACAUGUUUACAUCAAGCGAUGAAAAACACAUCUUCGUUCUGAGUGAGAGAAAGGUUUUCAAAGUUCCUGUGGAGUCGUGUUCUGGAUUUCUUACCUGCAAUGAGUGUUUAGGUAGUAAUGACCCAUACUGUGGAUGGUGUUUCUUAGAAGAAAGAUGCAGUACAAAAGAUGCUUGCCCAGCAAACAGAGAGUGGACAUCAGCUUCAAGUGGUGAUACAUGUCCACAUGUAAAAGAUGUUUCUCCUACAGUAAUGUCUGACUGCUCAAUUUUACUUUACUGUAACAUUUUUUCUUUUAUUUUUUAAGCAAUAAAAAAUUGAAAAAUUAACUAGUCACGUAACUAGUUGACCACAUAAGUAACUAGUUAAUUAAGAGGUUAACAUGUUAUGUAACUACUUAGCAUAUCAAUUAACUAGUUAGUUAUAUGGUUAUCUGGUGGCAGAAAUAUGCCACCAUAGACGUUAUAUGUACAGUUACUUAAAUUUGAAUAAUGUUUUAUCUUAAUUAAUAUAGGUCUUAUCUGUUCAAUGAUGUGAAAUAAGUUUAUCAAAAAAUGAUUUUAUAGGUUAAGAAUCUGUUGCUAUUCGGUCUAAAAUUUAGUGAUUUUAAGUAAGAGAACAUUACUAGUAUAUUCGCUAUAAAGCAAUUGUACCAGAAAUUCUUUAAGUCUUUUAAAACAAGCUUAUUUUAGUUGUAUUAUGCAUAUGAAUAUUGAAUGAGAAGGGAGGUAACUCUGUAAGGUAUGCUAUAAAUUCUUUCAGAGUUGCCUCCCCUCUGUUAUGCUACUUUUUACAGUCUCUUGUAAUUCUGAUAAGAAUGACCGUACACAAACAACUUUUAUUUUGUAAAAUUAUGUAAUUGAAUUGUUUUUAUGUUGUAAUGUAUGGAUGAAAAUAUAUCUUUUAUAAUUGAAUGAUUUUUGGAAAUGUGCUAUGGUGUGAAAGUAAGUAUUAACGUAAGGACUACGGUAAUCAAUGAAGGACAUGACAGUUAAACAUAACUUUAUAAACAAAUACAAACACGAAAAAAAACAGCAACAGUCGAUAUAUAGGCAAUGCAAACUUGACGUACCAUGUAAAACAUUUCUUUUGUUUUACCGUUUUAGUUUCACGGUGCAUUAGACCUGUCGUUCACAAAAAAUGUUAUCAUUUCAUAAAAAAGAUCAAAUUUGUAUGAAAACAUCCAUAAUGCGGAAAUAUACCGUUAAACGUUUAAAUUUGGACUGCUACUUAUAAAUGUUUAUUGAUUUUCUUUUGAUGUUCUUUUGUAUGACCCAAAGGCGGAGAUUCUCCUGCAAAUAGAAAUUGUACUUCCGAUUUUGCAACAAUUAGGUUAAAGAAUGUUAGGAUUAUGACAUUUUGGUUGUCUAGAUACCAAAAUAAUAAUUGGAGUCGAUAUGAAACACAUUUUAUUGACGGAAAGUAGCUAUUUCGUUUUUAUGAAAUUUAUUAUAUCCCCGCACAACAAAGUUGUAAGGGGGGUAUACUGGAAUCAGCUUGUCCGUCCGGCUGUCCGGCCGUCGGGCGUCCGUCGGUUUUUUCUUGUCCGCCCAAUAACUUAAGAAUUCCUUUGACCUACAGUCUUUAUAUUUGGAAAGGAGGUUAGUCAUGAUUAGUAGAUGACCCCUAUUGAUUUUGAGGUCACCAGGUCAAAGUUCAAGGUCACAGGGGCCUUGACUUCAAAAAGCUUGUCCGCCCAAUAACUUAAGAAUCCUUUGACUCACAGUCUUCAUAUUUGGCAUGGAGGUUAGUCACAAUUAGUAGAUGACCCCUAUGGAUUAUGAGGUCACCAGGUCAAAGGUCAAGGUCACAGGGGCAUUGACUUAAAAAAGCUUGUCCGCCCAAUAACUUAAGAAUCCUUUGACCUACAGUCUUUAUAUUUGGCAUGGAGGUUAGUCACAAUUAGUAGAUGAUCCCUAUGGAUUUUGAGGUUACCAGGUCAAAGGUCAAGGUCAAAGGGGCCUUGACUUAAAAAAGCUUGUCCGCCCAAUAACUUAAGAAUCCUUUGACCCACAGUCUUCAUAUUUAGCAUGGAGGUUUAUCAUGACCAUUAGGUGACCCCUAUUAAUUUUGAAGUCACUUGGUCAAAAGUCACAGGGGUCUUGACUAAAAAAAGCUUGUCUGCUCAAUUGCUUAAGAAGGCUUUGGUCAACAGUCUUCAUAUUUGGUAUUGAGGUUGUUUAUGACUAGUAGAUGACCCCUUUUGAUUUUAAGGCGACUGUGUCAAAGGUCAAGGUCAUAGGGAUUUUACUAAAAUAAGCUUGUCUGCUCAAAUACUUAAGAAUACAUGUCUGCAGUGUAUUGAUUUUGACAUUUUCACAUUUGAAGCAUGUAGAAUACAUAACUUAGCAAUGCACUGGCUUAGUAACCUCAGAUUUUGCAGGGAGGUUGUCUAUGGGCUCUCAAUGGUCACUGUUGAUUCUGACAUAGUGGUAUGCGGGGGUAUUCACGCCAUGACAGUGGCAGUUCUAGUUUAAUGCAGCUUUAACUUUCAUCAAUUCAACAAAAGAGCAAUG